GAACAGUUGAGAGGAAUGAGUCGCCAUCGGCAGAAACGGGCUUUCCUGGGGUGGAGGGCUGCCAGGAGCAGUGGGUGAGAUGGGAGGACCUUUCCUCCCGCUUGGACAAGUUAAAGAAGUACCGGGAGUAGGUGAGCUCCCAGCUGUGUCUGCCUAGCGCGCCUUCGUUUCAAAGGUGUGGUCACUCACAGACCCCAGCCGAGCCGGGGGCGGGGCUGGGCCUGGUCACGUGAGGGGGAGGGGGCACAGGGCAGCGUGAUGGCCGCAGAGGCGACACCAGUGGUUGGAGCGCUGAAGGGUGGGGAUCUCCCGGGGCCCGGGCAGAAGCCCCAACCGGCUCGUCGGGCCUUGUAUUUCUGCGGGAGCAUCCGUGGAGGACGCGAGGACCAGGCACUGUACGGGCGGAUCGUGUCGCGGCUGCGGCGCUUUGGGGCUGUGCUUACGGAACACGUGGCCGCAGCCGAGCUGAGCGCGCGCGGAGAGGAGGCUGCUGCGGAUGACAGAGCCAUCCAUGAGCGGGACCUGGCCUGGCUGCAGCAGGCAGAUGUGGUUGUGGCAGAAGUGACCCAGCCCUCUCUGGGUGUCGGCUACGAGCUGGGCCGGGCUAUAGCCCUCAACAAACCAGUCCUGUGCCUGUUCCGCCCGCAGUCUGGCCGAGUGCUCUCAGCGAUGAUCCGGGGAGCUGCCGAGGGCUCGAGGUUCCAGGUGUGGGACUACGAUGAGGCAGAGGUGGAGGCCGUGCUGGAUCGGUACUUUGAGGCUGAUCCUCCCAGGCAGGUGGCCUCCUCCCCAAAUCCACCCACUUGACUGAAGUCCAGGUUAUUAAAUUCCUCUGACCCCA